AUGGCUUUUUCGGAAAAAAAGAAUCAGCUACUCAAGAUUACUAAGGUCCAACCAACUAUUAAAAAUAAUCCUGAAAGUUCUAACAGUAAAGAGAAAACUAAUUCUGAUUAUGAAAAAGAAAAAUUAGAAGAUCAUUCUUUAAAUUUUUUAAAGAUGAACAGAAAAUUUUUCAGUAUACAUGUAAUGGUAAAACUGAAGUAUCUUCUAUAUUACAAUUCUGAUAGUGAAUCUGUAAGCUUUUAUGAUAAUGUUCACUCUAAAGAUCUAAGUACAGAAAAUGCUUGA